CAACUGUCAUCUGUAGCAGCUGACAGCUAACCUAACCAAUAAAUAAUUGUUUAAGCUUUGACCGGUAUUGAAUAAUUGAAGGACUAUUUCAAGUCUGAGAAAUUAGAACCCCUGCGUUAGGUCAACCAUACGAAGCCGAUAUAAGCUCACUCAGAACAAUUAUCUCAUAUCGUCAUUACAAUAAACCAAUUCACAAGGCUCAUACAUCAUGGCUGGUAACGGAAAAUUAGCUCUCCUUAGUGUUUCGGAUAAGACAGGCUUACUGCCAUUAGCCAAAUGCCUGUCAGAAAUCGGCCUCGGCCUGGUGGCCAGCGGCGGCACUGCUACAGCUCUUCGGAAUGCUGGCCUCUCAGUCACAGAAGUUUCCGACAUUACUAAGGCUCCAGAAAUGCUCGGAGGACGAGUGAAAACUCUACACCCUGCUGUGCACGCCGGUAUACUUUCCAGAGUGACAGACUCUGACCAAGAAGACAUGAAAAGGCAGAAGUUCGACAUGAUCAGCGUAGUUGUCUGCAACUUGUACCCGUUCGUCCAAACCGUAUCGAAGCCCGGCGUGACCAUCGCUGACGCUGUAGAGAACAUUGACAUCGGGGGAGUGACAUUACUCCGCGCUGCAGCUAAGAAUCACGAUAGAGUCACCAUUAUCUGUGACCCCAACGAUUACGAUACUGUUAUUGCUGAACUUAAACAAAACAAGGACCACCAGACCUCACUCGAUACUAGAAAGCGGUUGGCGUUGAAAGCAUUCACACAAACCUCGGAAUAUGAUCUUGCCAUCUCAGAUUACUUCCGCAGACAGUACUCCGCGGGAGAAGCUCAGUUGACUUUGAGAUAUGGUAUGAACCCUCAUCAGAAACCCGCGCAAGUUUUCACGACACGCGACAAGUUGCCGCUUACUACUUUAAACGGUUCUCCGGGCUUCAUCAACUUGUGCGACGCUCUAAACGCGUGGCAGCUAGUAAAAGAAUUGAAAGAGGCUUUGGGCUUGCCCGCCGCUACAAGUUUCAAGCACGUGUCACCCGCCGGUGCCGCUGUGGGAACUCCACUCACUGAGGAAGAGGCAUCCGUUUGCAUGGUAGCUGACUUACUCCCUACCCUGACGCCUCUCGCUUGCGCCUACGCCCGCGCCCGCGGGGCCGACCGCAUGAGUUCGUUCGGCGACUUCGUGGCGCUGUCCGACGAGUGUGACGCCGUGACCGCGCGCAUCAUAUCGCGGGAGGUGUCGGACGGCAUCAUAGCACCUGGAUACAGUGCGGAAGCAUUGGAGAUACUCAAAAAGAAGAAGGGAGGCAACUACUGCGUUUUACAGAUGGAUCCCAGCUACGAGCCAGACCUAUUGGAGCAGAAGACAAUCUUCGGCCUGACAUUGGAACAAAGACGCAACGACGCCAAGAUCACUCCCGAGCUGUUCAAGACUAUUGUCACCAACAAGAGCCAGCUCCCUGCUAAUGCCGUCAGGGAUCUCAUCGUAGCCACAAUUGCACUCAAAUACACACAAAGCAACUCUGUCUGCUUCGCCCGGGAUGGACAGGUGGUAGGUAUCGGCGCGGGGCAGCAGUCCCGCAUCCACUGCACGCGGCUGGCGGGCGGCAAGGCGGCGCUGUGGUGGCUGCGCCGCCACCCGCGCGUGCUGGCCAUGCGCUUCCGACACGGCGUCAGCCGCGCCGUGCAGGCCAACGCCAUCGACAACUACGUCAACGGGACCGUCGGUUCAGAUCUCCCACUAGACCAGUUCACCUCGCUGUUUGAAGGCAAUGCACCUGCCUUGCUGACUGAGAAGGAACGUGAGGAAUGGAUCUCUAAGAUGGACCGUGUCGCUCUCGCGUCUGACGCCUUCUUCCCUUUCCGUGAUAACAUCGACAGGGCUGUACAGUGCGGCGUCGAAUAUAUUGGCAGUCCGUCAGGCUCGAACAACGACAAAGAGGUUAUUGACGCGUGCAAUGAACACAAGAUCGUACUGGCACACACCAACCUCAGACUUUUCCACCACUAAGGAGACCAACUGGACUCCUUCACCAUCUCGAAUAUAUAAAUAAGCUACUAUAUCUUCCAUUUUAUCAUUAAGUUUAGAAUAAAUAAGGUUACAGUGAAAUAUAAAAUAUACCUUUAAAUACUUAUAGUAUUUAUCUUCUAUGAAUUAGUAAUUAAGCUACAAAUUUGUAUUUGAGACUCGCUUUUGCAAAGGUUAUAUUUGUAGUUUAACUAUGAAAUCAAAAGAUGUUUAUAAAUCGUGAUAUUGUAAUCAUUCCAGAGUAAUCUUUAUUGAUAACAUCUAUCAUGGAAAAAAUUAUUUUUAUUUUCGAUUUAUACAACUAUUUUUAUUACACAUUU